UGCAAAUGGCUGCGUUUGUCGUUUGGCUUUUUUUGCGUUGAAUUUUACCAGUGAAAACAUGUGAAAUUUAAUACAGUUUAUUCAAUGUUAUUUAUAACGAUUGUUCAAUAAACUUUAUAAACUAAAGAGUAAAAGACAAAAAAGGUAGCAGCCAUGUCGCUGCCGCCGUAUUUGCUGGGUCCCAACCCCUGGGCCACAAUGAUGGCCCAGCAGCAGUUGGCGGCGGCUCAGCAAGCAGCAUUGCAGGCGCAUGCAGCCGCUGCUGCAGCUGCACCGCCAGUGCCCCCAAGUCAACCACCGAAGCCUCAUCACAUACCCGAGGAAAAGAUAAAAGAAAAGACUACGAAAUGGCUUCAACUGCAGUCAAAACGUUUCGCCGAAAAGCGAAAGUUCGGUUUCGUCGACGCACAGAAGGAAGAUAUGCCGCCGGAACACAUUCGUAAAAUUAUUCGUGACCACGGUGACAUGACUAGCCGAAAAUACAGACAUGACAAGCGUGUGUAUCUUGGUGCGCUGAAAUACAUGCCACAUGCUGUGAUGAAGCUUCUUGAAAAUAUGCCCAUGCCCUGGGAGCAAAUCAGAGAUGUUAAAGUUCUUUAUCACAUUACUGGAGCCAUUACCUUUGUUAAUGAAAUUCCAUGGGUCAUAGAACCAGUGUAUAUAGCUCAAUGGGGUACAAUGUGGAUCAUGAUGCGUCGCGAGAAGCGAGAUCGGAGGCACUUCAAGAGAAUGAGAUUCCCCCCAUUUGAUGAUGAGGAACCUCCACUGGACUAUGCUGACAAUAUUUUAGAUGUGGAACCUCUUGAGCCAAUUCAAAUAGAAUUGGACCCGGAUGAAGACGGCGCUGUCGCGUCAUGGUUUUACGAUCACAAACCACUACUAGGAACAGUUCAUGUCAAUGGGUCUACAUACAGGAAAUGGAAUUUGACAUUGCCGCAAAUGGCGACAUUGUAUCGUCUUGCAAAUCAGUUGCUAACAGAUUUAGUGGACGAUAAUUAUUUCUAUCUGUUCGAUUCCAAGAGUUUCUUCACUGCAAAGGCUCUGAACAUGGCUAUACCUGGAGGACCUAAAUUUGAACCUCUGGUAAAAGACAAUUCUGCAGGAGACGAGGAUUGGAAUGAAUUUAAUGACAUAAACAAGAUCAUCAUUCGACAACCAAUCAGAACUGAAUACAGAAUUGCAUUCCCAUAUUUGUAUAAUAAUUUGCCACAUUUUGUACAAUUGUCAUGGUAUCAUACACCAAAUGUGGUAUACAUCAAAACAGAGGAUCCAGAUUUACCAGCUUUCUACUUUGAUCCUCUUAUCAAUCCAAUUUCACACAGACACACCGUUAAAUCUCUUGAUCCUGUGCCUGAUGAGGAAGAAUUUGUUUUGCCAGAAGAAGUGACUCCCUUCUUGCAAGAGACUGCAUUGUAUACAGAUAAUACAGCAAAUGGUAUAGCUUUGUUAUGGGCACCGAGGCCAUUCAAUAUGAGAUCAGGUCGUUGUCGCCGUGCCAUCGAUGUUCCGCUCGUAAAAACCUGGUACAAGGAACACUGUCCACCAGGGCAACCUGUAAAAGUACGAGUGUCGUAUCAGAAAUUGCUGAAGUAUUACGUACUUAAUGCGCUCAAACAUCGCCCACCAAAGCCGCAGAAGAAGCGAUACUUAUUCCGCUCGUUCAAAUCAACGAAAUUCUUCCAAACGACAACACUGGACUGGGUGGAGGCUGGUCUCCAAGUGUGCAGACAAGGCUAUAAUAUGCUGAACCUGCUCAUUCACAGAAAGAACCUUAAUUAUCUCCAUCUUGAUUAUAACUUCAACUUGAAGCCUGUCAAAACACUCACCACUAAAGAGAGAAAGAAAUCGCGAUUCGGAAAUGCAUUCCACUUGUGUCGUGAAAUACUCCGACUUACGAAACUGAUAGUGGACUCUCAUGUACAAUACCGUCUUAACAAUGUGGACUCAUUCCAACUGGCCGAUGGUCUGCAAUACAUAUUUGCCCACGUCGGUCAGCUUACCGGCAUGUAUCGUUAUAAAUACAAGCUCAUGAGACAGAUCAGGAUGUGCAAGGAUUUGAAACAUCUCAUCUAUUACAGAUUCAAUACUGGCCCAGUGUCGAAAGGUCCUGGAUGUGGUUUCUGGGCGCCGGGCUGGCGUGUGUGGUUGUUCUUUAUGAGAGGCAUUACACCACUAUUGGAGAGGUGGCUUGGCAACUUGCUAUCUAGGCAGUUUGAGGGACGACACUCGAAAGGUGUGGCAAAGACGGUGACCAAGCAGCGCGUCGAAUCUCACUUCGACCUCGAGUUGCGCGCGUCCGUCAUGCACGACAUUGUGGACAUGAUGCCGGAAGGUAUCAAGCAGAAUAAGGCGAGGACUAUCCUGCAGCAUUUGUCUGAGGCGUGGCGGUGUUGGAAAGCUAAUAUUCCUUGGAAGGUGCCCGGCCUCCCAACUCCCAUAGAGAACAUGAUCCUCCGCUACGUCAAAAUGAAGGCAGAUUGGUGGACGAACACAGCGCAUUACAACCGCGAGAGAAUACGUCGAGGCGCGACGGUAGAUAAGACUGUGUGUAAGAAGAACCUCGGUAGACUGACACGGUUGUACUUGAAGGCUGAACAGGAGCGACAGCAUAACUAUCUAAAGGAUGGUCCCUACAUCUCGCCAGAGGAGGCCGUAGCUAUCUACACAACAACAGUACACUGGCUGGAGUCUCGUAGAUUUGCGCCCAUACCGUUCCCUCCACUUUCAUAUAAACACGACACAAAGUUGCUUAUUCUGGCGCUCGAGAGAUUGAAAGAAGCUUACAGUGUGAAGUCGCGGCUUAACCAGAGUCAAAGAGAGGAGCUGGGGCUGAUUGAACAGGCGUACGAUAAUCCGCACGAAGCGUUGUCGAGAAUUAAGCGUCAUUUGCUGACUCAGAGAACUUUUAGAGAGGUGGGUAUAGAAUUCAUGGACCUCUACUCGCACCUGGUCCCCGUGUACGACGUGGAGCCCCUAGAGAAGAUAACGGACGCGUAUCUGGACCAGUAUCUGUGGUAUGAGGCUGAUAAGCGUCGCCUGUUGCCGCCGUGGGUGAAGCCGGCGGACACCGAGCCCUCGCCGCUGCUCGUGUAUAAGUGGUGUCAAGGUAUAAACAACCUGCAAGAUGUAUGGGAAGUCGGUGAAGGCGAAUGCAACGUGCUACUAGAGUCGCGCUUCGAGAAGUUAUACGAGAAGAUAGAUCUUACGCUGCUCAAUAGAUUGCUUCGCCUGAUUGUCGAUCAUAAUAUCGCUGACUACAUGACCGCUAAGAACAACGUCGUUAUCAAUUAUAAGGACAUGAACCACACAAACUCCUACGGGAUCAUCCGAGGUCUACAAUUCGCGUCCUUCAUAGUCCAGUACUAUGGCUUAGUACUCGACCUGCUAGUGCUCGGUCUACAACGCGCUAGCGAGAUGGCCGGUCCACCGCAGUUGCCGAACGACUUCCUCGCGUAUCAAGAUCGAAACGUGGAGACUGCGCAUCCGAUACGAUUGUAUUGUAGAUAUGUGGACCGGAUUCAUAUAUUCUUUAGAUUCACAGCAGAAGAGGCGCGUGAUCUAAUCCAGCGCUACCUCACAGAACAUCCUGAUCCAAACAACGAGAAUAUUGUCGGUUACAACAAUAAGAAGUGCUGGCCGCGUGACGCGAGGAUGCGACUUAUGAAACAUGAUGUUAAUUUGGGUCGAGCAGUAUUCUGGGAUAUAAAGAACCGUCUCCCGCGCUCCGUUACAACAAUACAGUGGGAGAAUAGCUUUGUCUCUGUAUAUUCUAAAGACAAUCCCAAUUUGCUCUUCAAUAUGGCCGGAUUUGAGUGCAGAAUUCUACCAAAGUGUCGCAGUCAAAACGAAGAACUAUCACACCGUGACGGUGUAUGGAACUUACAAAACGAAGUCACAAAGGAGAGAACAGCACAAUGCUACCUGCGAGUAGAUGACGAGUCGCUAGCGAGAUUCCACAACCGCGUGCGGCAGAUACUCAUGGCUUCCGGUUCUACUACAUUCACAAAGAUCGUUAAUAAGUGGAAUACCGCGCUUAUAGGACUGAUGACAUACUUCCGUGAAGCGGUCGUCAACACCCAGGAGCUGUUAGAUCUGCUCGUAAAGUGCGAGAACAAGAUCCAGACGCGUAUCAAGAUCGGUCUCAACUCCAAAAUGCCCUCGCGUUUCCCGCCCGUUGUGUUCUACACGCCCAAAGAGUUGGGCGGCUUGGGAAUGUUGUCUAUGGGACAUGUGCUCAUUCCACAGUCGGACUUGCGCUGGUCGAAACAAACGGACGUCGGCAUCACACAUUUCCGUUCAGGAAUGUCGCACGACGAAGAUCAGCUCAUUCCCAACUUGUACCGCUACAUCCAGCCAUGGGAAGCCGAGUUUGUGGACUCGCAGAGAGUAUGGGCUGAAUACGCGCUUAAGAGGCAGGAGGCUAAUGCGCAGAACAGGCGUUUAACUCUUGAAGACUUGGAAGAUUCGUGGGAUAGAGGUAUUCCAAGAAUAAACACGCUCUUCCAAAAGGACAGACACACGCUCGCCUACGAUAAGGGAUGGAGGAUACGAACUGAAUUCAAACAAUAUCAGGUCCUAAAACAAAACCCGUUCUGGUGGACGCACCAGCGCCACGACGGCAAGUUGUGGAACUUGAACAACUACAGGACGGACAUGAUACAAGCGCUCGGCGGUGUGGAGGGCAUUCUGGAACAUACGCUCUUCAAGGGCACGUACUUCCCCACGUGGGAGGGUUUGUUUUGGGAGAAAGCGUCCGGUUUCGAAGAGUCGAUGAAGUACAAGAAGCUGACGAACGCUCAGCGAUCCGGUUUGAACCAGAUCCCCAACCGACGGUUCACGCUCUGGUGGUCGCCCACUAUCAACAGAGCCAAUGUGUAUGUUGGUUUCCAGGUACAAUUAGAUCUGACGGGUAUUUUCAUGCACGGCAAGAUUCCAACACUGAAGAUUUCUCUCAUCCAGAUAUUCAGAGCUCACUUGUGGCAGAAGGUCCACGAGUCUAUUGUUAUGGACUUGUGUCAAGUGUUUGACCAAGAGCUAGACGCGCUAGAGAUCGAAACGGUGCAAAAAGAAACCAUUCACCCGCGUAAGUCGUACAAAAUGAACUCGUCGUGCGCCGAUAUUCUGCUGUUCUCUGCGUACAAAUGGAAUGUCUCUCGGCCUUCACUGCUGGCCGAUACAAAAGACACAAUGGAUAACACAACCACACAGAAGUACUGGCUCGACAUCCAAUUACGUUGGGGAGACUACGACUCGCACGACAUUGAGCGAUACGCGAGGGCCAAGUUCCUGGACUAUACGACGGAUAACAUGUCGAUUUACCCGUCGCCAACGGGACUGCUCAUUGCUAUCGAUUUGGCGUAUAACUUGCACAGUGCAUACGGCAACUGGUUCCCCGGUUGCAAGCCGCUCAUCCAGCAAGCGAUGGCCAAGAUAAUGAAAGCGAACCCAGCCUUGUAUGUACUACGAGAGAGAAUACGUAAAGCGCUGCAAUUGUACUCGUCUGAACCGACAGAACCGUACCUGUCCAGUCAGAACUAUGGGGAGCUGUUCUCUAAUCAGAUUAUUUGGUUCGUAGACGACACAAACGUGUACCGUGUGACAAUCCACAAAACGUUUGAGGGUAAUCUAACAACGAAGCCGAUUAACGGCGCCAUCUUUAUAUUCAACCCGCGCACGGGACAACUGUUCUUGAAGAUUAUUCAUACGAGCGUGUGGGCUGGACAGAAGCGUUUGGGACAGCUCGCAAAAUGGAAAACGGCUGAAGAAGUGGCUGCGUUGAUUCGAUCGCUACCAGUGGAAGAACAGCCCAAACAGAUCAUUGUCACUAGAAAGGGAAUGUUGGAUCCACUCGAGGUGCAUUUACUCGACUUCCCGAAUAUCGUGAUCAAGGGUUCGGAAUUACAACUGCCGUUCCAAGCUUGCCUAAAAGUGGAGAAAUUUGGUGACCUCAUCCUGAAGGCAACAGAACCACAGAUGGUGCUGUUCAACUUGUAUGACGAUUGGUUGAAGACUAUUUCGUCUUAUACUGCGUUCAGUCGUCUAAUCCUCAUACUGCGCGCGCUACACGUGAACACGGAGCGCACCAAAGUGCUGCUGAAGCCGGACAAGACGACGCUCACGGAGCCACAUCACAUCUGGCCGACGCUCACCGACGACGACUGGAUCAAGGUGGAAGUUCAGCUCAAGGAUUUGAUACUGGCCGACUAUGGCAAGAAGAACAACGUUAACGUGGCGUCCCUCACGCAAUCCGAGAUCCGUGACAUCAUUCUCGGUAUGGAGAUAUCCGCACCGUCAGCGCAAAGACAGCAAAUCGCAGAAAUAGAGAAACAGAGCAAGGAGCAGAGUCAGCUGACCGCGACCACCACGCGCACGGUCAACAAGCAUGGUGACGAGAUUAUCACGUCCACGACUAGUAACUACGAGUCGCAGACUUUCAGUUCCAAAACGGAAUGGCGAGUGCGUGCUAUAUCCGCGACGAAUCUGCAUCUGCGUACAAAUCACAUUUAUGUCAGCUCAGAUGAUAUCAAGGAGAGCGGAUACACUUACAUUUUACCGAAGAAUCUGCUCAAGAAGUUCGUUACAAUCUCCGAUUUGAGAGCACAGAUCGCGUGCUACCUGUACGGCACGUCGCCGGCGGACAACCCGCAGGUGCGCGAGGUGCACUGCGCCGUGCUGCCGCCGCAGUGGGGCACGCACCAGAGCGUGCACCUGCCGCGCCACCUGCCCAAGCACCCCGCGCUCGCGCACCUGCAGCCGCUCGGCUGGAUGCACACGCAGCCCAACGAGCUGCCGCAGCUCUCGCCGCAGGACAUUACAGCACACGCGAAGAUAAUGGCCGACAACCCGUCCUGGGACGGAGAGAAGACAAUCAUAAUCACUUGUUCCUUCACGCCCGGUUCCUGUUCACUCACGGCGUACAAACUAACCCCCAGCGGUUACGAGUGGGGGGUUAAGAAUACCGACAGGGGAAACAAUCCCAAGGGUUACCUGCCCAGUCACUAUGAAAAGGUCCAAAUGUUGUUGUCGGAUCGAUUCCUUGGCUACUUCAUGGUGCCGUCGCAGGGCAGUUGGAAUUACAACUUCAUGGGUGUCCGGCACGAUCCGAACAUGAAGUAUGGCGUACAACUGGGCAACCCGCGCGAGUUCUACCACGAGGUCCAUAGACCGGCUCAUUUCAUGAACUUUGCGGCUAUGGAAGACGCUACAGCACCUGCUAUAGCGGCUGAUAGAGAGGAUGUGUAUGCUUAGCAGUAGGGUUAUCUGUUAAAAUGGUCGAUAAGAAAGAAUAUCUGUUAAAAUGGUCGAUAAGAAAGAAUAUCUGUUAAAAUGGUCGAUAAGAAAGAAAGAUAGGACAAUAUCACUUUCUAAGGGUGCUUUUCCAUCAGAGACGUGCGAGGAUGCGUUGCGAGGGAAUGUAUUUUUAAAGGUCCAAUAGUAUCGCUUCCAGUAGAGCUGUGCUGACCGAGGCGAGGUAAAUAAAGCGACAGGAUUGGCUCUUUAAAAAGACAUCCCUCGCUACGCAUCUUUGGUGGAAACGCAGCCUUAUGCUGAUAGAGAGGAUAACUACCAAGAUUGUCAGUCGACUAUUGUUCUGUCUUUUCUUUCGGCGGAUAGAGAACGGAUGUGGAGGAGUACUAAUAGGGUUGUCAGUUUUCCGUUUUGAUUAGGGUCGUUAAACGAAGAUAUGGUAUACGCGUAGAUACAUGCUCAAAACCUCGUAUGAUAGUUAUGCUACAGAGUCUAAUAUACAUUUGUGAUAGAAUUUAAAGGCAUUGAAAUUGUAAGUUCACAUUAAUUAUGUGAACUUGUUAAUAAAUAGUAACACAGCAUCUCUACAAAUCAAGUAAUAUAAUAUUAAAAACACAAGAGUAAAUAAAUAGUACAGAGACGAAGGUUCUUAAAACCACAACCCGUUAUUUACCAUAAAAUACUCGUACAAAUUUGAUAUCAAGGCAGGCUAUAAAUAAAAAUAUUUACCAAACGUUUUGUUUCAUUUGUGACAACCCUACCAAAAUAGGUAUGAAAUUUGCACGUUCCUAUGAAGCUUUGUCUCUGUAUAGUUUAUCUACUCAUCUGGUAAAAAUACAGGGCUUUGAAGAUUAUUAUAGCCCUUUGUUCAAUAGCUAGAUUGGUAAGAAAGUAUUGUAUUUUCUUUUAACGACAUCUAUGAUUGUUUGAUAUAAUUUGAAUUGAAAACUGUAUAUAAUAUAAGAAUCUUGAUAAGAAUAAAUAAACUUUCUUAAAUUGUG